CGCCUAUACAAGGAGGAACAGCAGCUCAGCAGCCAUUACACUGCAAGAGCAGUUCGCUGUGAUUGUUCGAUAGUGUUAUUGGGAGAGCAGUUCCUUAUCGGAAGGCAGUCUUAUAAUACUGUCAGAAACAUGCAGAUCUUCGUUAAAACAUUGACUGGGAAAACAAUCACAUUGGAGGUUGAAGCCUCUGAUACUAUUGAAAAUGUGAAAGCCAAAAUUCAAGACAAAGAAGGGAUUCCUCCUGACCAGCAGAGACUGAUUUUCGCUGGGAAACAACUGGAAGAUGGCAGGACAUUGUCAGACUACAACAUCCAGAAAGAGUCAACCCUGCAUCUUGUGCUGAGGUUGCGAGGAGGCAUGCAGAUCUUCGUGAAGACGCUGACUGGCAAGACUAUUACACUAGAAGUGGAGGCAUCGGACACAAUUGAGAAUGUAAAAGCCAAGAUUCAGGAUAAGGAGGGCAUUCCACCAGACCAACAGAGGCUGAUCUUUGCUGGAAAGCAGCUGGAAGAUGGCCGAACAUUGUCAGACUACAAUAUUCAAAAAGAGUCCACACUACAUCUUGUCCUUAGGCUGAGGGGUGGCAUGCAGAUUUUCGUCAAAACGCUCACUGGCAAGACUAUAACAUUGGAGGUUGAAGCAUCUGAUACUAUUGAAAAUGUCAAGGCAAAAAUUCAAGAUAAGGAGGGCAUUCCACCAGACCAACAGAGGCUGAUCUUCGCUGGAAAGCAACUGGAAGAUGGUCGCACACUGUCCGAUUACAAUAUUCAGAAGGAAUCCACUCUUCACUUGGUACUAAGACUGAGAGGUGGCAUGCAGAUCUUUGUUAAAACAUUAACUGGCAAAACAAUCACUUUGGAAGUAGAGGCAUCUGAUACAAUCGAAAAUGUAAAAGCAAAAAUUCAGGAUAAAGAAGGUAUCCCACCUGAUCAGCAACGUUUGAUUUUUGCUGGAAAACAACUCGAAGAUGGGAGAACUCUUUCAGAUUACAAUAUCCAGAAAGAAUCCACAUUGCAUCUGGUACUGAGAUUGAGAGGUGGUAUGCAGAUCUUUGUGAAGACUCUAACCGGAAAGACAAUAACCUUGGAAGUUGAAGCCUCUGACACUAUUGAGAAUGUGAAGGCAAAGAUUCAAGACAAAGAAGGAAUCCCACCUGAUCAACAGAGACUGAUAUUUGCUGGAAAGCAAUUGGAGGAUGGUCGUACCUUGUCAGAUUACAACAUUCAGAAGGAAUCCACUCUUCAUCUUGUCCUCAGACUUAGAGGAGGAAUGCAGAUUUUUGUGAAGACUCUCACUGGAAAGACCAUUACCCUGGAGGUGGAAGCCUCAGACACUAUUGAGAAUGUAAAGGCAAAGAUACAGGACAAAGAAGGUAUUCCACCAGACCAGCAGCGUCUCAUCUUUGCUGGUAAGCAGUUGGAAGAUGGGCGAACCCUGUCUGACUACAACAUUCAGAAGGAAUCUACUCUGCAUCUGGUGCUGAGGCUGCGUGGUGGUAUGCAAAUUUUUGUGAAGACUCUCACUGGUAAAACCAUUACACUCGAAGUAGAAGCAUCAGACACGAUUGAAAAUGUGAAAGCAAAGAUUCAGGACAAAGAAGGUAUUCCACCAGACCAGCAACGUCUGAUUUUUGCUGGUAAGCAGUUGGAAGAUGGGCGUACCCUGUCUGAUUACAACAUUCAGAAGGAAUCGACUCUGCAUUUGGUGCUGAGAUUGCGUGGUGGCAUGCAGAUUUUUGUUAAAACCCUGACAGGCAAAACCAUUACAUUGGAAGUGGAAGCAUCGGACACCAUUGAGAAUGUGAAGGCGAAGAUCCAGGAUAAGGAAGGCAUUCCACCAGACCAACAGAGGCUGAUCUUUGCAGGAAAGCAGCUUGAAGAUGGUCGUACAUUGUCUGAUUACAACAUUCAGAAAGAAUCCACACUGCAUCUGGUGCUAAGACUUCGUGGUGGUAUGCAAAUUUUUGUGAAGACUCUCACUGGUAAAACCAUUACACUCGAAGUAGAAGCAUCAGACACGAUUGAAAAUGUGAAAGCAAAGAUUCAGGACAAAGAAGGUAUUCCACCAGACCAGCAACGUCUGAUUUUUGCUGGUAAGCAGCUGGAAGAUGGAAGAACCCUGUCUGACUACAACAUUCAGAAGGAAUCGACUCUGCAUUUGGUGCUGAGAUUGCGUGGUGGCAUGCAGAUUUUUGUUAAAACCCUGACGGGCAAAACCAUUACAUUGGAAGUGGAAGCAUCGGACACCAUUGAGAAUGUGAAAGCGAAGAUCCAGGAUAAGGAAGGCAUUCCACCAGACCAACAGAGAUUGAUCUUUGCAGGAAAACAGCUGGAAGAUGGGCGCACAUUAUCUGAUUACAACAUUCAGAAAGAAUCCACACUGCAUCUUGUGCUGAGGCUACGAGGUGGUAUGCAAAUUUUUGUCAAAACUCUGACUGGUAAAACUAUUACAUUGGAGGUAGAGGCAUCAGAUACAAUUGAGAAUGUGAAGGCAAAGAUUCAAGAUAAGGAAGGUAUUCCACCAGAUCAGCAACGUCUGAUUUUUGCAGGCAAACAGCUGGAAGAUGGAAGAACAUUGUCAGACUACAAUAUCCAAAAGGAAUCUACACUACAUCUAGUGCUGAGGCUUCGAGGAGGUAUGCAAAUUUUUGUGAAGACCCUGACUGGUAAAACAAUUACUUUGGAAGUGGAGGCAUCAGACACAAUUGAAAAUGUGAAGGCAAAGAUUCAAGAUAAGGAAGGCAUCCCUCCAGACCAGCAGCGUCUGAUCUUUGCUGGUAAGCAGCUGGAAGAUGGAAGAACCCUGUCUGACUACAACAUUCAGAAGGAAUCUACUCUGCAUCUUGUGUUGAGGCUGCGUGGUGGUAUGCAGAUUUUUGUGAAGACACUUACUGGGAAGACCAUUACGCUGGAGGUGGAAGCUUCUGACACCAUAGAGAAUGUGAAAGCAAAGAUCCAAGAUAAGGAAGGCAUCCCCCCAGAUCAACAGCGACUUAUCUUCGCAGGCAAACAAUUGGAAGAUGGGCGCACACUUUCAGACUACAAUAUUCAAAAAGAAUCCACCCUUCACUUGGUACUUCGUUUGAGAGGUGGAUAUUGAUAGAUGGAAAGUGUUCUCAAAUUUAAAGUUGACUGCAAAAAAAUGUUUUAUGCCAAAAGUAUUAAAUUUCUUAAAUUUUGAAUUUUUUUUUACUGUAAUGGUUGCUGAACUGAAUUUCUAAUAAACCUGUAUUGAAAUCGUUUGCUA